ACGUGGGUAGGAAGAAGGGGGAGAGAGAGCGAGAGCGAGAGAGCGAGUAGGGAGUGGGAAGAAGGAAACCCAAAGCCAUGGAGGGGACCCGGGGGCAGGACGAGGCGGCGGCACCAGCACCAGCAGCAGCAAAGGCGAAAAAGAAGAAGAUGCCCCAGCGAUACUGGGAGGGGGAGUUGAGCAAAGAGGCCCCCCAGCAGUCUGGCCCUUCAGGGAUCCAGGAGCCCCGGAAGGAUGGGGGUCCCAGGAAGAGGAAGCCAAGGCCAGGCGGCAGAAGUUGCAUCUCCGGGAGAAUGGACCCGUUUCCCGGGGCGGCCCCCGUCCUCCGUCAGCGGCUGGCGAAGUUCCAGCGAGGAGCCACGGGUCAGCUGGGCUCGGCGUCAAGCAAGCGCCUCAAGCACCAGCUGGCGCUGCAGGAGGAGCAGGAGGAGACGGCGGCCAAGCAGGCGGCCCGGACGGAGCUGCUGCUCCUGGAGGAACCUGGGUUCCUGGAAGGGGACGAAGGGGAAGACACCUGCACCAUUGCCCAGGCGGACAUUGCUGAGGCCGUGGACCUGGCUGCCAGCGCCAAGCACUUUGAAUUGAGACUGAACCAGUUUGGCCCCUACCGGGUCAGCUACACGCGCAACGGCAGGCACCUUCUCCUGGGCGGGCGCCGUGGCCACGUGGCAGCUCUCGACUGGCACUCGAAGGCCUUGAUGUGCGAGAUCAACGUCAUGGAGUCCAUCACCGACCUGGCGUGGCUGCACACGGAGACGAUGUUCGCGGUGUCUCAGCGCAAGUGGCUCUACGUCUACGACAACCAAGGGGUGGAGCUGAACUGCCUCAAGCGCUUCAACGGCGUCCAGCGCAUGGAGUUCCUGCCCUACCACUUCCUGCUGGCCACCGCGAGCGAGACGGGCUUCCUGCAGUACCUGGACAUCUCCGUGGGCAAGGAGGUGGCCACCAUCUGCACCAAGGGGGGGCGGCUGGCCGUGAUGGCCCAGAACCCUUGCAACGCCAUCGUCCACCUGGGACACAGCAACGGCACAGUGACGCUGUGGAGCCCCAACGUCAAGGAGCCGCUGGUCCGGAUGUUGUGCCACCGUGGGGCGGUCCGGGCCGUGGCGGUCGAUGGCUCUGGCACCUACAUGGCGACCUCCGGCUUGGACAGGAAGCUCCACCUCUAUGACCUUCGGGCGUAUCGGCGCCUCCACUCCCUGCUGCUGCCCACGGGGGCUGGGCAGCUGGACUUCAGCCAGCGGGGGCUGCUGGGGGCCGCCUGUCAAGAGGUGGUCCAGGUGUACAAGGACAUCUUGGUCCGCCCGCCCUCCAAGCCGUACCUGUGCCACGGCCUGCCCCGCCCCUCCCACGGCCUGCGCUUCUGCCCCUUUGAGGACGUGCUGGGCGUGGGUCACGAGGAGGGAUUCGCCAGCCUGCUUGUGCCGGGAGCCGGGGAGCCCAACUUCGACGCCCUGGAGAGCAACCCAUUCCGGAGCCGGAAGCAGCGUCAGGAGUGGGAAGUCAAGGCCUUGCUGGAGAAGAUCCCGUCGGAACUGAUCUCGCUGGACCCCGGCCAGCUGGGUGCGGUCGACAAGGUCUCCCUGGAGCAGCGGCACAAGGAGCGCGUGGAGAGGCUGGGCUACGACCCCCAGGCCAAAGGCCCAUUCUCCCCCCGGCGGCGGCUGAAGGGGCGUGACUCUGCCGGCAGCCGGCUGAAGAGGAAGAAGAAGGUGGCAGCGGAGGAGCAGCGGGCCACCAUCCGGAAGAGUGUGGCUGAGAAGAUGGAGGCCCAGGAACGGAAGCAGCAGCAGCAGAAGGCGUCCUGGGCGGCUGCCCCUGCCGGCCCCCGCUCUGCGCUGGACCGCUUCCAGAAGUAGGCGGCGCAGAGGAGGCAAGACUGCCCCCCCCCCCUCGGUGGGGGCGGCCAGGAGCUCAGAGCCAGACGGAAGCCCUU